AUGGCGAACUGGGACCAGAUGUCAAGACGCCAUAUCCAGGACCUCGCUCGCGUCAUCUGUCACAGGUUGAACUACCUCCACAGCAUGGGGGUAGUUCACUGGGACAUAAAGCCUGAAAAAAUCUUGUUGGUGGCGUCCCGGGAGGCCCUGGUAUCGAAUCUGGGAUUGUCAGACGCACUAGACGAGAACGGGCAAGCGACACCUCCCAGAAUCGAUUGGACCAUUCGGCCUGCCCCCCCUCAUCCUCGUCACCGUCUCACGCCACCGCCACUGCCACGUCCACUGCCACUGCCUGCGCCUGCCUCGUCCCCAGAGCCUCAGGAGUCGCACGAUUCGGACAACGAGGAUGGCGAGGAUGAGGAAGACGAACCGGUCGAGGAGCGUGGAGGCUACGUCACGCCCUUGGGGAUAACGCUCGUUGUGAUCCCGCAGUAA